AUGGUUGAUCGUCUGUUCGAGGAUAUAUUUCAGAUUCUGCGACUGAACCCAGAUGGCAAAAAGUUUGAUAAAGUUACUCGAAUCGAAGCAAAGAGUGAGACUUGCGAGAUGUUCAUGCACCUAGAUGUGAAUUCAGAGGUAUAUCCCAUGAGGGAAGGUGAGAAAUUCUCAAUGGCUCUAACUUCUACAAUCAAUUUGGAUGGAACACCUGAUACUGGCUAUUUCACUCAGGGCAAUCGCAAGACGUUGGCCGAUGAAUAUGAAUACGUCAUGCAAGGGAAGCUUUUCAAAAUUUCAGAAGGUUCUAAACGUGAUCCCAAAGCGGAGGUAAAUGCUUCAUUUGGUGGCCUUUUGAUGAUGCUGAAGGGGGAAGCCUCUCAAUUCAAGAACUUUGAACUUGAUCAGAGGAUGUUUCUCCUCAUAAGGAAGCUAUGA